UAUACUGUACUUUUACUAUCAUUCAAAUUUCAUUUCGUUUGGAUGUGUAUCAUUAAGGAAUAUCGUUACAAACACGAUUAAGAAGAUUAAGACUUUGGUAUUCUGAACUUACAUUGAGUCUGUUGGAUGCGUCAUUUGAAGAAAGGUUUGGCUGUAAAGACGUGGCCUUUGGUGCAAUACUUCAUCUUCAAAGUGAAUUCUGACAGACAAGAGAAUUACUGGUAUCCUUGCUAAUUUAACAAGCUUCACCUGUGGUGUGAUGCACACUGAUUAAAACGUAUAAACGUCUCUUUAAAUCCGGAACCAUAUCAUUUACAAGGAUCUUUAUUGAAGAGACUCGUUGGCUAAUUACUACAACAGACUUCUUAAUAGCUGUAGAUAAACCGUCGUGUACCAUGGGCAGACACGGCGUUUCAGAACUCAACACAGUGCUACUAGUCGUCCUAAUGUUGUUCACCCUUUUUGGGAACUUUGUUUUACUCCUGGCUAUCUGGCGGAACAAACGUCUCCGAAAAGUAACGCACCUGCAUUCGAUCAGUUUGAUCGUGGCUAACUUCAUUCCGGCCACAACCAUUAUCCCUUUACGCAUUGCGAGAAUUUGGAACGAGAACGAGGAAGUGUUGAGUGAGGAAACCACGCUGUGCGAAGCGUACCUAACUUCGACCCUAUUGUGGUGUGUAGCGUCCAUACUCACCUUAGUCUCUGUGAGUUUUGACCGAUACAUCGCGAUUUCAAAGCCUGGCAAAUACCGCGCUAAGUUAACCCACAAUAAAACUCUGCUCAUACUACUUGCCGUGUGGUGCUUUGCAAUAUUUGUGGCAUUCAUGUCGCUGUACCAUACAGGCAGUGGUCUAAAGUUGUUCACGUGUAACUUCAAUAUUUUACGUAAAGAGAGCUACGUUUAUCUUCUCUUGACUGUUGAAGUGAUUCCUCUUAUUUUGAUGUUUGUCCUGCACUUCCAAAUCACCAAGUUGUCUGCAAAGCAUGCUCAAUCAAUAGGCAUCGUUGAUUCGCGUUUCACUGAGUACAACAGAGUCCCGCUUGAUUUUCCCGCCGAAGUUCGUUGGUCUCGAGUAGUGAUAUUGGUGAUACUGCUUUACGUUUUAAUGUGGUCUCCAAGAUGCAUAUAUCUCAUCAUUGACGACAGCGCUAUGACUGUGAACAGCGCCAGAGCUUUCGAUGUGCUGACUGAAGUGAUAACGUACAGUUUUGCAGGUCUAGCACCACUCGUGUUAGUUCAUUUUAACAACGAUAUGCGAGAAGAGUUCUUCAGGAUUUUAAUGCCGUUUCAGUGGUUUAAAAGGUCGCAUGGAGUUGGUAAGAAAUACAAUAAUACGAACAUUGUGACACCGUUUGAAAUGAUGACGUGACUUAAGGCACAGUGGAGCAGGAAUAUAGGUUGCAUUCAAGGCAACUGGAUGUUUUACUGCAUUUAAUAUUGAAUGAAAAGUGGUAAAAUGAACAGAAACAGUUUUAAAGAUGAAAUGUUGCAAGCAAUUUCACUUCCUAAAAGAAGAGUCGAAUUCCGUUGACUUCCUACCAAACCAAUAACUUUAAGACAAAGUGAAUAUCGUUCAGUAUGAUUUGAAUUAAUGUAGUUACUGUGAUUUCACCUUUAGAAUCAUACUGAUAUAUUUGAGUAGCCAUGCAUGUAUAUUUCAAUGAAAUUUUAACCGAUAAUUAUGGCAUAAUUGUGUAACAAUUGAAUUAAAGAUAAUAAAUUGGACUUCUUUAAGAAAUAAUUUAA